AUGGGUGAGACAUCAAAAUGGUGGUGGAUUGGUGCAAAUCACAACACAUCAAAUUCCUCGCCUUGGCUUAACUCUACUCUCUCUGAGCUUGAUUCAAAGACAAAGGAAAUGCUGAGCGUGAUUGAUGAGGUUGAAGAUGAAGGAGAUUCCUUGAUGAAACGAGCAAAGAUUAAUUACGAGAAUAAGCCAAAGCUCAUUGAAUUGCUCGAGGAAUUAUACCGUUCACAUCGCUCUUUGGCGCAGAAGCAUGAUCUCUUGAUCAAAACCUCUUCUCUGAAUUCGGACAGCCAUAACUCAUCAUCAUGCGACGAGAUCCGAUCGGAAGUGUGUGAAGAAACAGAGUCGUCUGAUGUUGAAGCUGAAACUGAAAAAGACCAAAUUGUUGAAUUUGACGAUGGUGAUGAGACAAUGAAGGAAGAGUUGGAGAUACUUAGAGAAGAAAACAGAGUUUACAAGGAGAAGAAAGAAGUAGUGACUCGGUUGCUUGCAAAUUUAGUUAGGGUUUGCUUUUGCUUCCAAUUCAAUUGGGAAAUAUUUUCUUAUCACCUUUUGCGUUUUUGUUUACUAUUUUCUCAUGAUCCUAUUGGAGGUUGGGUGAUAUGUACUAAAAGAUUUCGUUACUAUUUUCUCAUAAUGUUUUCGUUUUAG